ACUCGUGGUCCUAGUUAAAUCACGUGGUCAGUGAAAAAUGGUAUAUAUAGAGACAACUUUCCGAUAGACGGUAGAACCAACCUCUGGCUCUCCCUGUGCUACGAUACAAGCCACAGCCACAGCACCUCGGACCACAGCCAAGAUGAGACUCACAGGAAUAAUCACGCUGCUUACAACCGUGACUCUGAUUCGGGCUACAUCGGUUGCCAAUGUCAACGACGAAGACACCUGCACGGCAAAUGGCAUGGAGUACCGCUUGGGUGACAGCUUCACUCCGGAGGGAACAUGCGAGAUAUGUAUUUGCGCUCCACCAACCGAUAACCUACACUGUCAAUACUGCACCACGAGGUGGUUACAGUGGGAAGAAAAGCCUGUAACACCCGCCAUGGAGCAGUGUUGCACGCUCACAGAUGAAACACCAGAGACGGGUUAUCCAAGCUGCUGCCCUGAGUGGAGAUGUGACAACGAUUGUCUGCAGAUGAUUACAUAAAUUCUGCCCUUCUUAAAAGAUAUAUGGUGAAAAUAUUGGGGCAUGAUUAUACAAGUGUUUAAUGCAUUUGUUUUAAACCGUUUGCUGACUUUUUUAACCGUCGUCUCUCACAAAAAUCCGUUGUUUCAUAAUCGGCAAGAAAUUAUUGUCAUAAAUCAGUCAUAAAUUCAAUUCAGUCAAAUAGCCAUAGUUAUUGUCAUAAAUCAUUUGCUGUACGCCCUGGCUUCACACGUCGCUAUACAUAUAAGGAAACGCAGACGCAAGUUUUAAAAUACGCGCUAAAUAUCGGGAUGACAUUAAAUUGUUAAAGUAUAAGGUAUUUGAGUUAUAACUUGUGUUUAUGGAGCUUUUUAAUAACAAUUCAACGUAACAGAACAUACUGCUCUAUAAAAUGCGACUAAAUAUAACAUUUAAACUGUUAUUGGGAAUUUUAACUUCACCGUAGUCAAGUUGUGCGUACCCACGUUACUGCAUCAUUGAAAAUCUACGUUAUAAUUAAAAUCGUGUUAAAGCGAAUUCAAUUUUCCUAGCCACUGGAUAUAUAAUAUGAUUGCUAACACCUGAGUAAAAUAUUGUGAGUACUGUGUGCAUUAAACUUUAUGAAUUAAGAAUGUUAAAUGUAAUAAAAUCUUGGUUUUUUAAUCAAAAGGGA